AUGUCUCUCCAUAUCACCGUCUUCCCCGCCUCAACACAAUCCGGCAAGGAGACCAUUCGUGCCCUCCUGGAGUCAGACAGCAAGCCGACGGUCAGAGCUAUCUACCGUAAUCCAGCCAAAGCACCGGUCGAGUUCAAGGAGCACCCAAACUUUGAGGCAACGCAGGGAGAUGUUGCGACAGGCGAGGGGCUAGACUUUGGUGGCUCCCAAGCGAUCCUGUACAUACCCCCGGUGACUUAUGACGGUGCUGACCAAGGCCAAUUCGCUACCCAAACGGCCCAGAAUGUCAAAGAAGAGAUUCAACGAGCCCCAAGUCUCAAAAAGCUGAUCCUUCAUUCCGCCAUGGGGGCGCAGCACGACCAUGGAAUUGGAGUCCUCAGAUUGAACCACAUUACUGAUAGAAUUCUUGAAUCGUUGAGUGUGAAAGACGUCGGUGAUUACCUCGCCCAGGCUCUCCUCGACACUACCAGCCGGCCAGGUAUUUCCAGCGUCACCUUGUUUGGUCCAAGGCACUACAGCAGUCUGGAUGUGAAAGAAGCGCUCGAGCAAGUCACCGGCAACAAGGGUGAGCUCAUCACGAUCGAGAAGGAUCAAUUGGCCACAUACUUUGCUACCCAUGUGCCUCCAACUUAUGCCGAGGAAUUUGCGGGUAUGAUUCUUGCUACGCUCCCUGGAGGAACAAUGGCGGGCGAUUUUGAGGACGGAGAGAACACAUUUAGGGGAAAGACAGAAUUGGUCGAUGGCUUGCGUGAGUUGUACGCGAAGCAAACAAACUAG